AUGUUUUCUACAAAGCCCAGACUUGUCGUACCUUAUGGCCUCAAGACGCUGCUCGAGGGAGUUAGCAGAGCCAUCCUCAAGACCAACCCGCCCAACAUCACCCAGUUUGCAGCAUUUUAUUUCAAAGAACUUAUUGUGUUUAGAGAAGGGAAUGUUCCUCUGGAUAUAAAAGAUCUGGUUAGACAAUUUCAUCAGAUUAAAUUUGAGAAAUGGUGCGAAGAAAGGACAGAAGAGAAGAAGCCAGAGUUCAUCAAAGAACCAGGAGAAGCAGCUGCCAUUCCCAAAGAGCCGACCCGGGUGGAGAAGUCCACUGACACGGAGGAGGACCACAUCGCCACCCCCCAGUUCAUCCACAAGACCACGCAGUUCCCGUCGGUGUAUGCCGAGCAGCAGUCUGAGCCGGAGGACACGAGCAAGGCAGUCCAUCCUCCCAAACCAUGCACCCCCAAGAGUACCCCCACCUCGUCACCAGUCCCGGCCGACGCCCCACCAGAGUUUGCCUAUGUUCCCGCCGAUCCAGCUCAGUUUGCUGCUCAGAUGUUAGCGAUAGCAACAAGCGAAGCAGGACAGCCACCACCAUAUUCUAACACGUGGACCCUUUACUGUCUGACCGAUAUGAAUCAGCCCAGCCGCCCGUCACCGCCACCUGCGCCCGGGCCCUUCCCCCAGGCCACCCUCUAUUUGCCCAAUGCUAAGGAUCUGCAGAACCCACCGCAAGUCACUUCUCCAACGUAUGUGAUGAUGGACGACAGCAAGAAGGCCGGGGCCCCACCCUUUAUCCUAGUGGGCGCCAAUGUCCCGGAAGCGCAGGACUGGAAGCCGCUUCCUGGGCACCCGGUCGUGUCCCAGUCAGAUACCCUGAAGAGAUACACGACCGUCCAAGUGCCCAUUGCCGUUCCUGCAGAUCAGAAAUUCCAGAAACUCCCCCGACACGCCCAGAGUGCCAGUCCUCCUUCCAGUGGGCAAGAAGGGCCCCGGCCACAGAGCCCCGUUUUCCUUUCUCUCGCUAUCCCUGUAGAAGAUGUAGCCAAAAAGUGUUCAGGAUCUGGGGACAAGCGUACCCCAUUUGGAAGUUACGGUAUUGCUGGAGAGAUAACCCUGACUACUGCCAAUGUCCGCAGAGCAGAACCCUAA